CCCGUGACGUCAGGGGGUGGAAGAAAACAGCAGGAAUCAAAACAAGAGACGGACCGGACACGCCUUCGCUCCUAAAGGUUAUAGCAGCUUGUUUCUUUUUUACCUGCCGUAAGACAGACGCACGUACAGACCGACGUCCCCGAGACGAGACCCGGGGGAGACGGAGACGGAGAAAAAUAAAAAGCGCUGCCGGAAUGGAGUCCACAGAAAUGUCAGACAGCGCUGACAGGAGCCGUCGAUAGAGGUCGAAAAUAACACUGACACCCGAAUCCUGUAAAAUGCCCAACCAGAAGAGCAGCAAGGGAAAGAAAAGCAAACGCACCAACAGCAGCGGGGAUGAGCAGGAAAAUGGAGCCUGUGCGGCCGCAGCAGGAGGCGCGGCCGCGGCUGCUGCUGCGCCCAGGACCGAGCGCUCCAGCGAGGUCCAGUGCGCGACCCCUCUCGGCUGCAGUCUGGCCCGUCCCAUCGACCUGGAGAAGGACGACUACCAGCGCGUGCUCUGCAACAACGAGCUCUGCCCCUACGGCAACUGGAUGCACCUGCAGUGCUUCUACGAGUGGGAGAGCUCCAUCCUCGUCCAGUUCAACUGCAUCGGCCGGGCGCGCUCCUGGAACGAGAAGCAGUGCCGGCAGAACAUGUGGACCAAGAAGGGCUACGACCUGGCCUUCAGGUUCUGCUCCUGCCGCUGUGGCCAGGGUCACCUGAAGAAGGACACCGACUGGUACCAGGUGAAGCGCAUGCAGGAUGAUCGCAAGAAGAAGCCGUCGGAGAGGAGCUCGGGCCGGAUGGGGGCCAGCGGAGGCGCCGCUGGGGUCGGGGACGGGUUUUUUGAGGAGCCCAAGAAAAGUAAAGUACCAGGAGGAGCAGCCGGAGGUGGAGGAGGAGGAGGAGGAAGCGGCAAGCUGGCUCACAGGGCCUCUAGUCAGGAGCUACCUCGAAGACAAUCAGUGGACCGGCAGAACUCUGCAGAGAGAGCAGCAAUGGGAGGACACGGCACAGGAGGGCCCUUUCCCCUGGGGCCUCCCCAGAAAUCUCCAUGUGACUCCUCCCCGGGACAAUCUCCUCCCACCGGCUUCACCUUCUCCCCUACCCUCGGAUCAGGAGGUGGAGCAACAGGUCUGCGGGGCUCCCGUCAGCUGGGUGAGUUCUUCAAAUCAGCCGUCCACAUGGACCCGCAGAGGAAACACCUGCUGCUCGGCGGGGCCCUGGGCCGGGGCGGCGGCUGCCCUUUAGGAGCCCCCGGCGGAGCGGCCGGGGGCAAUCACCUGGAUCACGCGUCGGUUCUCCCCCUGCAGCUCUCCUUCGCCCUCCCGCUUCACCACCGGCUCGCCUCCGGCGGCAUGGCCGACGGCCCCCACCACCACCCGGUGCAGUUCCUGAGGAGGCUGGACCUCUCGGAGCUCCUCGCCCACAUCCCCCGCCAUAAACUCAACACCUACCACGUCAGGAUGGAGGACGACGCGCAGGCAGGCCAGGGGGAGGAGCUGCGCAGGUUCAUCCUGUCCGCCCUCACCGCGAGCCAGAGGAACGUGGUGAACUGUGCGCUGUGCCACCGGGCGCUGCCUGUGUUUGAGCAGUUUCCCCUGGUGGACGGGACGCUGUUCCUCAGCCCAUCGCGCCACGACGAGAUCGAGUACGACGUCCCCUGUCACCUGCAAGGCCGGCUAAUGCACCUCUACGCCAUCUGCGUGGACUGUUUAGAGGGCGUCCACAAGAUCGUGUGCAUCAAGUGCAAGUCACGCUGGGACGGGAGCUGGCACCAGCUGGGCACCAUGUACACCUACGACAUACUGGCUGCUUCACCGUGUUGCCAGGCCCGUCUCAACUGUAAGCACUGCGGGAAGCCGGUGGUGGACGUUCGAGUUGGGAUGCAGUAUUUCUCCGAGUACAGCAACGUCCAGCAGUGCCCUCACUGCGGCAACCUGGACUAUCACUUCGUUAAACCCUUCUCCUCCUACAAAGUACUCGAGGCUUAUUGACAAAUGUUGAUCAUGCAUGCUAGUUAAGUUACUUUUGUUCUCACAUUUUUUUUAACACAAUCUAGGAAAGACUUUAUUUUUUGGGCCUUAAAUUGGUUUUUAUGUUUUCAAUUUCCUUUUUUUUUUUUUUUUUUUUUUUUAUGUAUGGGAAACAUUUGACUCCAGCCGAAAGAGAAAUUUGCAGUUCCAGUGUCUCAGUGUGCUGCUGUGGAGAGGAAAGUGUUGAUGAAGAGCGGAACUGGCACUCGAGUCAAGAAGAUAUCUGUGACAAGUGAAUGUAUCUGUAUGCCAAAUUCGAUUUUAUUUUUUACCAAAAAAACGAUCUUGAAUAAACCAGAGAAAGAUCUAA